AUGUCAGGGAUAAUAAUAAAUGACUAUAAUGGUCGCGGCGGUUUACAAGAUCUUGAUGAAUCUUGUCCAAUAUGUAAAAACACACGAUAUCUUACACCCAAUAUGAAAUUACUUGUGAGUGAAUGUUAUCAUAAAAUCUUAACUUUAAGAAAAAUAAAUUUUGUGGUGCCAACUUUUGAAGAUUUAAGUGUUGAAAAAGAAGUUCGGAUUAGAAAAAGAAUCGCACAACAGUUUAAUAAAAGACAAGAAGAUUUUCCAAGUUUACGAGAAUACAAUGAUUACCUUGAAAUGGUUGAGGAUAUAGUUUGGAAAAUUAAUAACAACAUCAAUAAACAAGAAACAGAUGAAUUAAUUGAGAGAUAUACCAGGGAGAAUAAAGAUAACAUUAUUCAUAAUGCUCGAAGACAGAUUGAUGAAGAGAAAUUAGCAGCAUACAAACAAGCUUGUGAAAAGAGAGAGAAACGUGCGCAAUUUGAAAACUAUAAGAAAUCAUUAGAGCAAGAACGCAAAGCUAAAGAAGAGCUAGAAGUUGAAUUGAUCAAUGAGCUGACAUCAGCUUCAAAGAUUAUAGCGGCCAAAAAAGCGACCACUCACAAAAAUCCUGAUUCCUUUCAAGCUUCUCAUCAGGAAAAUGUUCAGAUAAAAGAGUGGUUUGGUUUAGAUCAUCUUACUCAGGAAGAUACACAGGAAUUUGAUCCUGUUGCAUCGGAAUAUAUGGAUAUAGACCAUUACACAAUUAAAGAAAAAUAUUUUAUAUACGAAAGAUCUCUUCAAAGUGCAUUUUCAGGUAUUUUUGAUAAUUGUGGAUCUUCAGAUGAGAUGGAAGAAUAA